AUGGCGUGGUCUGGGGUUGGGCGAUCGCAUCGCUCCCGCACCUCACACACGCUUCGCAUCGCACACGGAAAAAGAAAAGAAGGCAAGCGGCGGACGCAAGGAAGCCGCCAGGAGACGACAGGGGUUCGCCCUUCGGUCCACCACCUUGACGCCCGCCCGUCACCCACCACCACCGCGACGCCCACGACCAGGAGGAGCUGUCAUGCCCAUCUUGCCCAUCCAUCAUAG